UUGUUACUUCCCAAGUCUCCGGUCAUGGAAUAUUGCUCUGAUCAAACUCAAGAAACGACAGAUAUUAACACCGGCCAUGAAGCCACCAAUAACAGUAGUACAAUACCCCAGCAGAAACCCCCCAAGGGUGGCUGGAACGCCGCCAUUUUCAUAAUCUUUGUGGAGAUGGCGGAGAGAUUUGCCUUCUAUGGGCUGAACGGCAAUCUCAUCAUGUACCUCACAAACGAGCUCCGCGAGCCAACCCCGACGGCGGCGAAGAACGUCAACACCUGGGUCGGCGUCACUUCGCUCCUUCCUCUCUUUGGUGCUUUUGUUGCCGAUUCCUUCCUCGGUCGUUUCAAGACCAUUCUUUUCGCCUCCAUUAUCUACUGCACGGGGAUGAGUAUGCUAUCUUUAUCAGUGUCGGUGAUUCCUCGGCAGUACAGGAAAGCGGUUUUCUUUGUUUCGCUUUACACAAUUUCGAUUGGUGAAGGAGGGCACAAGCCAUGUGUGCUUACCUUCGCCGCAGACCAAUUCGGAGAAGAUUCGCUUGAGGAGAAGAAGACCAAGAGCUCCUUCUACAAUUGGUGGUCUUUGGGGAUCGUCACUGGUGCCACUUUCGCCAUAUUUGCCGUCAUUUAUGUGCAGGAUAAUGUUGGGUGGGGGACAGGGUUUGGGAUGUUGGCAGGGGCGAUGGCGGUGGCGCUUGGGGUGUUUGUGUUGGGAAUCAGAAGGUAUCGGACGCAAUUCCCCCUCGGCAGCCCGUUCACUGCGGUGGCGCAGGUGUUUGUGGCUGCGGCUCGUAAGUGGAAAUUGAACGAAGCCCGAGAUGGUAAUAAUUGGGGUCUUUACUACGGGAAUGCCCAAUUCGAAGGGCAACCUAACAAACUUAGGACUUUGGCUCGUACACAUCAGUUCAGAUUUUUGGACAAGGCAACGAUCAUAAACGACGUGGAAGCCUCAACGAAGGUGAAGAACCCAUGGAGGCUGUGCUCAGUGAACCAAGUGGAAGAAGUGAAGCUGGUUCUCCGUCUGAUUCCCAUAUGGCUAACCUGUUUGAUGUUCCCCGUCGUCCAAACCCUCCUAAACACCUACUUCACCAAGCAAGGCAGCACUCUCAUCCGGACCGUCGGAUCAAGCUUCGAAAUUCCCCCGGCCUCCUUCCAAGGCUUCGUCACCUUCACCGUCCUCAUCACCAUCCCCAUCUACGACCGCGUUUUCAUCCCGAUCGCCCGCCGAUUCACCGGCCACCCCUCCGGCAUCACCGUGUUGCAGCGCGUUGGCACCGGCAUAUUCCUCUCUAUUAUCAACAUGAUCGUCUCAGGUUUAGUGGAGGCCAAGAGACUAAGCGUUGUGAAGGAGUACAACCUUAUGGACAACCCUAAAGCCACAGUGCCUAUGAGGAUUUGGUGGCUACUUCCGCAGUACAUUCUGUGCGGUUUGUCCGAUGCCUUCACUUUCAUUGGUCUUCAGGAGCUGUUCUAUGACCAAAUGCCGGACGCCAUGAGAAGCGUCGGAGCCGCGGCGAACAUGAGCAUAACCGGCGUCGGGAACUUCGUUAGCAACGCUAUUAUAUCGGCCGUUCAGGGAAUUAGCUCGAGGCACGGCGGCGCGGAGUGGCUGGGCGACAACAUCAACCGUGCCCACUUGCAUUACUUUUACUGGCUGUUGGCGGGGUUGAGCGCUUUAAAUUUGUGUGCCUAUGUUUGGGCGGCGAAUUGUUUUGUGUAUAAGAAAGUUGAGGUGGAAGAGGCGUCUGGGGAACACCUAAGUCUUACUGCUUGA